CAACACGACAAACCCGAGCAUCACUUGUUACACCUCAUCACAUUCAACAAUUCAAAACCGCCACUUCACACCCGUUGUCUUACCACCUCAACCCAAGUACAACCCACCAUGGCUCAAGUCCUACCUUCUCCCGGUGUUGAAUCACACCCUUUCCACCAAAACACCAAAGACGGAAAUGUCUCCUCCUUCAGCCCAGGGGCACCAUCCUCCAUGUCCGUCCCCCGAACACUUCCAUCCCUGCUCUACCACCACCACCACCACCAGCACCACCACCUUUCCACCCCCUCCUCCUCCAACACUUCCUCCGCCUCCGACAUGCUCGACAUCCGCUCCUCCUCCACCUCCCUCCUCGACACCCUCGACACCCAAACCCUCUCCUCCCUCCUGCAACCCCCCGGCCGCAAAUCCCUCCCCUCCCUCCUCCUCUGGGACGAAAAGGGCCAAUCCCUCUACGACUCCAUCCUCGCCACGCCUUCUUACUAUCCCUACCGGGUCGAGAACGCUUUGCUACAAAAACAAAUCGGCCACAUCGCUUCCACCAUUGCCUCUUCGACCACCGACAUCCUCGUCGAGCUCGGGGCGGGAAAUCUCUCCAAGACUGCUUUGCUUCUUAGUGCGCUUGAUCAGUGUUUAGAAGACUCUUCUUCUUCAGGUUCAUCAAGAGCGGGUUUGAAAAAAAUGGUCUACUACGCCCUAGACGUCGACCACACCCUUCUCUCCUCCUCCCUGCACCAACUCCGCAAACAUACAGCCCCAGCCCUAAAAAACAUCGAACUCCGCUCGCUUCUAGGUACCUACGAGGAUGGAGCGCGCUGGUUGAGUCAGCCGGACUUGGCGCCGUACAGGAAGACGAUGGUCUGGUUGGGGAAUAGCAUCGCCAACUAUGAAAAAGAUGAGGCAUCCGACUUGCUGGCCAAGUUCACUACCUGUAGCCAAAAUGGUUACGGGAUGCAGAACUUGGCCGGUUUCCUGUUGGGGGUAGAUGGUUGUUUGGAUCAAGAGAAAGUGGAGAGGGCGUAUAAUGCGCCUGGGGGAGAGAAUAGACGGUGGGUGUUGCAUGCUUUGGAGGCGGCUGGGGAGCAGCUACAAUUACAGCCCCGAGAUUCAGAUAUGUUUGACGAAAAGAACUGGAAGUUUGAGGGCAGGUGGGAUGGGGAGAGGCAGCGGUAUGAGAAUUACUUGGUUCCGAAGAGAAAGUUGGAGGCGGUGGUUACAUGUAAGGGGGGGAAGAAAGUGCCCCUGGUGUUGGAGGAAGGAGAGAAGGUGUUUGUGUUGGGGAGCGGGAAGUGGACGGCGAGGGAUGUGCAGGGAAUUUGUGAGGGGCCGGGACUAAAGCUAAAAAAGAGUUGGCAUUCUGAGGGGGAUGAUUAUGGUGUUUACUGGCUGCAGCCGGGGAAGAAGAGGCUUGAUAGUGGGAUUGAGAUGGAGGAAGAUGAGGAGUAGAGGUCAUAGACUGGGGUCGGUCUAGAUGUUGGGGGCGUAACGGCUUUUACGAUUGGGAUGAAUGUCAGAUGAAAUGCUAGGUGUGUAGGUAUUCAUCACAUCGAGACGAGGGUCAACACUGGCUAGUACAAGGAAAGACAUUGGAGAUACAAUGGAGUUAAGGAGUUUGGGCGUUUAGCUUUCUAGACAUUUCGUUCAAGGGAAUCGUGGAACUACAUACAUCAUUCAAACCAACGCAACCUGUGCAAUUACUCGCCUGCCAGGCCCUGGACCUUCUUCCACUUGGGCCUUAUAAGGUCCCGCUUCCGCAGCCUCUAAUAACUCCAAGUUCCCUCGUGGUCAAG